AUGUUUAAAACAUUUCUACUGCUCUUUCUGGCUGCCACGCCCACGGGCAGCGCGCGCUUUAAGUUAACAGGACUUGAAUGUCAAGCGUUGGAUCCGAAGUUUUGUGCCUUCGAGAAUUGCGUAAUAAAGCCAGUGAGUCGAGGCAUCAAGGAGAUCAACGGAAAGAUCAUAUUGCUGCAGGUGCCGAUACGCCUUGAACUGACGCGCCGCGGAUAUGUAAAGCACAUGUUAUACGCCGUCGAUAUCGAUGGCUGCCAGUUUUGGAUAGGUAAACGCCGCAAUCCUAUUGCCAGCAGCAUUUACAAGUCCUUGCGCCUGGACGUCUUUACCAAUAUCAAUCACUCGUGUCCCUAUAAUCACGAUAUUAUUGUGGAUCACCUGCGACUCGACGAGAAUCUCAACCUCAAUCUGCCCAUCGCUAUACAUUUUGAAGUGGCGCGCCGCGGCUAUAUAAAGCACAUGUUAUACGCUGGCGAUAUCGAUGGCUGCCAUUUUUGGAUAGGUAAACGCCGCAAUCCUAUUGCCAGCAGCAUUUACAAGUCCUUGCGCCUGGACGUCUUUACCAAUAUCAAUCACUCGUGUCCCUAUAAUCACGAUUUAAUUUUGGAUCACCUGCGAAUCGACGAGAAUCUCAACCUCAAUCUGCCCAUCGCUGUGGGUGAAUAUAUGAUUAAGCUCCAUUGGAGGGCCUAUAAUAUUCUGCGCGCCAUUGUCAGCUGGAAUUUGCAAAUUGAAUAA